AUGGCUUCAAAGGGACUUGCAAUUAUCGCCGGCGUCGGCCCUGGCACGGGUGCCUCCAUUGCCCGACGCUUUGCCAAAUUAUAUUCAGUCGUUCUCCUAUCUCGUACGCCGGGUAACUUCGAGCCACUUGUCCAGGAAAUCAAUUCGAACGGUGGGAAGGCGAUUGGCAUCAGCACCGACGUCUCGGAUCCUAACAGUGUCAAGUCGGCCUUUGAUGAGAUCGAGAAGCAAUUCCCGGACUCGCCGUUGGCUGCAUCUAUCUUCAAUCCUGCUGGUGGUUUUGUGAAGAAGCCCUUUUUGGAACUGACUAAUGAAGAUUACGCGGGGGCACUUGACUCUCAAGCGAAAGGCGCAUUCUACUUCGCCCAGCGCUCUUUGCCCCUCCUAUUAAAGGCCAAAGAGUCAUCUCCCCACCCGCCGACUCUCAUCUUCACGGGUGCAACAGCUAGUAUCAAGGGUUCUGCCCAAUUCGCUGCCUUUGCAAGCGGCAAGUUCGCUCUUCGUGCUUUGGCUCAAUCACUGGCCCGUGAGUUUGGCCCGCAGGGUAUUCAUGUGUCGCAUACUAUCAUCGAUGGUAUUAUCGAUAUCCCACGCACGAAGCAGUGGGUUCUUCCUCAUGAAGAUGCUAAAUUGAGCCCUGAUUCGAUUGCGGACUCGUAUUGGUAUCUACAUACUCAACCGCGGACCACAUUUGCGUUUGAGUUGGAUUUGCGACCUUAUAUCGAGAAGUGGUAG